GGAGCCAUGGAGGGAGCCAAGCCAGCGGUGGCCAUGGUGGCGCUGCAGCUGCUCUUCUCGGCGCUGCAGAUCUUCAUCCAGCUCGCGCUCGACGACGGCAUGGACGCCCGCGUCCUCGUCGCCUACCGCUUCAUGUUUGAUGCCGCCGUUCUCUGUCCCAUCGCAUUCUUCGUCGAGAGGUAUAUACCGUCUGGACUCUGGACACGCCCUUCUUGGAUUUCUUGUUUUUUCCUCUCCCUCUUUGUUGGAGAAUCUAGGUGCAACGUAUUUGGGUUUACUAUAAACCAUAACCUAUACGUGCUUGCCAUAAAGUUCACCUCAGCAACGUUUGUUACAGCCAUCAGUAACUUAACCCCUGCAGCCACAUUCAUUCUCGCAAUCCUGGCCAGGUCUGAGACUUCGAAACUUUGGAAACCCACUGGACAAGCGAAACUCUUGGGAACCCUUGUAGGGAUAUUUGGUGCAAUGCUGCUUAUAUUCUACAAGGGGCCAGAGAUCACAACACUCCGACGACUGUCCCAUCCCAGACUAGUCCACAGCACCAAAGGUUACCGCUCCCAUCCACCAUCAGCCGGCCAUCAAGUCCUGGGCUCGCUUCUUGGAACUAUCAGCUGUUUCAGCUGCGCAACAUGGUUUGUCAUCCAGGUGAUGAUCCAAUGCCGUCUUUCCUUUCUGCAUGUAACAUUUCUUUUCUUCUGAACUGAGCGCUGGUGCUCCUUGGCUUGUCCUUCUAUGUCUUCAAGGGGGAAAAAUAGGGACGUUUUUCUUGUUUCGAAUGUGCAUCCACCCAACUUGUGCUUACAAUGUGGUCUAUGCUUCAUUCGUAUGCCGGAUUGCGAGCGUAGGCAGAUUCCUUUAUUUUUCAUGAAUGGUGGGGUUUCCUAUAUUGUGCUUUGC